AUGGAUCUCAACAAUCCGUUGUCGUCAAGCGAGAGUUCGACCGAUAGCUCAUCCGAUAGUUCGAGUGGUUCAUCCGAGCUAGACGCGGCCAUAUCGAAGGCGGCCAUCUUGGCCGUGAAUGCUAUGUUCGACGCCGUUCGCGGCGAUGAUGAUGAUGAGGAUGACGAUGAUGACGAUGAAGUUGUAAGACCGCGGUUUAAGAGACGGGUUACUAUUGUGCGUAGGCGUCAAGAAGACGAAGCUCGACUCAUGCGUAACUAUUUUGUUGACGAACCGAUUUACAAUGCAAAAAUGUUUAGGAGGCGCUAUCGUAUGAGUAAGCGGUUAUUUCUCCAAAUAUGUGAUGAUUUAGCAGCCGAGUAUCCAUUUUUCCAACAAAGAUAUGAUGGGUCGGGGAAGCUUGGUUUCUCAACCAAGUUAAAGUGUACAUCGGCGCUCCGUCAAUUGGCAUAUGGCACUAGUGUUGACACAUUUGACGAGAACUUUGGCAUACAGAAAGAACCUCACGGGUCCAACAACGACAUUAACGUUUUUGAAGCCUCGCCUUUUCUUGAGGAGCUUAUAUCUGGUUUGGCUCCUACAACUUCAUUUUAUGCAAAUGACAACUUUUACAAGUCCGGAUACUAUUUGGGAGAUGGCAUCUACCCGGAGUAUGCAAUUUUCGUCAAGACUUUUACCGAUCCAAUUGACAACAAAAGAAAGUUGUUUAAGAAGAAACAGGAAUUAGCAAGAAAGGAUAUCGAAAGAGCGUUUGGUGUAUUGAAGAAGAGGUGGAAGGUUAUUAGUAAUCCUUCACGAUAUUGGGACAAGGAUAAGAUGCAAUCCGUGAUCUACACUUGUAUCAUCCUACAUAACAUGAUUUUACAGGACGAGGACAAAGCUUUCUGUCAAGACUACGACCCGGAAGACCCUUCUUUGGACCCGGAGUACUGGACACAAGAAACUCCCAUGGAGCAACGGAUCAAGAACACGCAUGCGAUCAAAAGUGGAGAAACCCACAACAUGCUCAUGGCGGAUUUGGUGGAUCAAGUAUGGACGACCCGUUCGCGACAAGAUGAAGCCGUGCCCGACCUCAAUGAAUACGUUAGCGAUGAUGACGCUUAG